AUGCUACACUACUACAAGGAGAAGAUUGACGCCACUUUGCCCUACGUGGAUGUUCUUUUUGGAAAUGGUGACGAAGCUCUGGCCUACGCAGAGACACACGGACUGUCGGGACAACCGCUAGAGAAAGUUGUCCUGCAUCUUGCCUCUAUAACGCCGGUCAGAUCGGAAAAUACGCGAAAUCGGAUCGUGUUGAUUACUCGGGGACAACAUCCUAUCCUAGUUGGCACAGCAGGAGCAUCGGAAGUAGUGAAAUUCCCCAUCCAGUCUAUACCAAGCGAGAAAAUCGUGGACACUAAUGGCGCUGGAGAUGCAUUUGUAGCUGGAUUCCUCGCAGAAUACUUGCGCAGUUCAUCAAUCGAAAAAGCAAUCAGUGAAGGCAAUAAAGCUUCG